AAAAAAUUAUUGACUGUCAGUUUGCACUACCUUCUGUUGCCUUUCGAUAUCAAUUUGUAACCUCGAAUUAUUUUACACUUAAUAAGUUGAAUGUAAAAAUGGAUUUUCUUUAUACUAUUAGUAGAAAGAACUCUUCAAGAGUUUCCUCCAAUCAAGAAUGCUUAUACCAUGGACAGUCCUUAUGUUCCUUAUCCAGUCGGAAUAUAGCAGCAUUUACUACGAUGACAGAAUUAGAUGAUAAUAAUGGCAAGACACGAGGUUGUCAUGUUUACGUAAUGGACUUAAAUAUGCCAUGGCACACACAUAAAGUACUUUCAAGUAAACACAACAUUACUGCCUUAGAAUGGGAUCUGCCUGGUGACAAGUUAGUAGUAGCAGAUACAGCUGGAAAUGUACAAUUGUGGAUGUUCAAGGAUCAUGUGUUAAAUGAUUGGGUAUUGAUAGGUUCUACACAUUUUCCUGGUGAACAUAUAUUAGGUGCAGCUUGGUUCCACAAUGGCAAGAAGACAGGACUAGUGACAGAAAAAAAGGACAGCAUCCAUUAUAGCGAGAAAUUCAAUCACUUGGUGUUUGCACCCUCGGUGAGACAGUUUGGAGGCAGAGCUGCUGAAGGUGUAUUGGUGGUCUCGACAACUGGUAUGGUCGGUGUGGUUAUGAUCACGAAAGACCUUCAAAAUCCGAUUUGCUACUCGACGGAAAGUCUUGGUAACACAAGGCACAGGAUAACCGCGGUCGAUCUAUGUUAUGGAAAAAAUGGCCACUUUCUCGUCGCAGUUAGCAGCGGUAGCAUCUGCUUGCCAAUAAGGUGUUAUAGAAUAUUAGUGCGCAAAAUUGAUGACAAAUGCACCAUCACUUCGCAGGCUCUGCCAAGCUUCUUUCUGCAGGAUGGAACGCCCAAGGACAAUUCAACAACUGUGACGCAUUUGAAAUUUGUCGUUAGAGAAGAUGCAGAUUCUUUGGUUAUCGCGGCGAAUAGCGAGAACGGCGGAUUUGUGGAAGUGUGGGAGUUGCGUGAAAAGUCACAACCGGUCCACAAACUAUUUCAGCCAAAGAACCUGGAACCUUUCAAGACAGUAAUCUGGCAAUAUCAGUCACAAUAUCGCUGCCAGUCACCAGUCACGGCGAUAGCGACCACUAAACUCUCUAUCGUGACAACGUUACCGCCUCCGAGUUACGUAAUCAUAGCAUUGGCGGAUUCAUCAGUGCACUGUUUAAAUCGUCUGGACUGUCUGAAGGAGGUGGCGCUUUCAUCCUUGACUAUGGGCUGGCGUCAAGAUGAACCGAGCAAUAAAUAUUUUAAGAACUCAGUGUCUAUCGCCCACAUGGAUCUUUCUUGGUUGGGAUGUGUGCUUCUCGCGUGUGAUACUCACGGCAAUCUGUAUCUCUACAAAUUGCUGCCAGACGGUACCACAGGUACAUCAAUGUCGUUGAGCUACGCUUGCACGUUACUGGAGUAUUGCCUGGUGACAGGACUGGAUUGGUUGGAUAUACUUUUAUGUUUGAGAUCAUCCAUGAUCGAGGCGCUAUGCGAACGAUUAGACGUCUCCUUUAACAGACAAUCACAACCUACGCAGCAGUAUCAUUAUAUUCAAUUUCUGUGCAUUAAGACGUCAUUGUAUAGAAUGCUUGUGUCUGGACAGAAUAAGGCAACAGAUUUGUCGUCGUUACUGAUGAUACAUUCGGUAGCUACAGCUUUCAAAUCCUUGUUGAGGCCAUCAGACUUGAUAUCUCAUGACAAAGGUCCUGCGGAGAGUUUAACCAUGGCGAUAACAGAUGUUGUUACUGAUCAGGAUGUUGAUACCAUCGAUACGGUAUUAUUUCAUCUUGAUGCGAAAGAAUUCACCGUAGAACCGAGCACGCUGCAAUCACUGCAACCGCUCAUUCAGUGGGUCGCUGACUUGGCCUUGAAUUUACUGGCCAGAUUACCCGAGCAAAGAAUGCAGAUGAAAACUGGUGGCUACGAACUUCUCAAGGAUCGCAAGGCUUUGAAUAUCAUUCGCGAACUGCUGGUUAUCAUCCGUACCUGGGGCUUGCUUCGUCCAUCGUGUCUGCCAGUAUUUACUCGGUGCGUGGACAAUCUGGACGUUCUGGCCUUGCUGUAUCGCUUGCUGUCGAAAUUGCUGCAACCUAACAGCGAUACGCAGCAGCAACAACUAAUGGACGAUAGUUUAAUCGAGUUUGUCGAGAUGAAGAAGAUGAACAAAGCGCGCGAUGAAGAAUCUAAAGAGAACGGCCGAAACCUGCCACCUUUGACGAUACACAAGAGAGUAUCCGGCGAGAACGAGGACAGUGGAGUCGAGCGGGUUGAAGAGGACGAGACGGCGCAAGGAUCGGACGAUGAUUGCAAGGAUCAUCCCUUCCAGGAUAAUGCGAAGCCGGUAAUAGUAUCGUCCUCGGUGGACGAGGUCAAGACGCCCAUGUCGCCGAGAGAGUUGUUCUUUAUCGAUCUGAUUCGCGAAGCGGAGAAAACUGAGAGCGCACAGUCUCAGCUGUGUCUUCAGCAGACGACGCACUUUUUCCCGAGCGAAAUGACUGAGGACGAUGCGAAGGAUGCGAAAGACGUAAAGGAGGAUGCGCAAGACGCGACGGACGUGAAGGAUGCGGAGGAGAACGCGAAGGACGCGAAGGAUGAAAACGACGGGAAGACGAAUGGAUGCUGUUUGUUACCAAACCAAGUCAUGAUUCCACAACUAUAUCAAAGCAACAGCAUAAUCGCCGUAGUCUCGCCGAUCUUGUUUUAUCAAAACCUUCCGUUACAGCUGGAGUACGGAGUAGAGCCCGAACAGUUGAUGUUUACGCCCGAAAUAAAUCCUGUUGAAGGUUGCAUACACAGCGGACAGGUUGUGGACACGAUACGACACUUGUAUUUAGGGAAACAACCGCUUCUAGUAAAGCAAUGCACGAGAUGCGGCGGUAAGGCGCAGGUACAAAACAUAACGAGGACGGCUGCGAUUAGGGCCUGGGAUCAAAGGUGGACACGAGCUUGCCGGUGCGGCGGUAUUUGGCGAAUUCACAAAGUUUGCUGAAUUCACAGUUCAGUCUUAUAACUGUCAACAAUCAAGAGACGUGAUAGCGUUUUCUGUCAGGUAUAUCUUGUGAGGUCUGAUCGAAAAAUAUCCAGACUAUGCGCCGUUCAAUAUCUAAUAAGUAGAGAGAGAAAUUAACAAUGUGAUAUAAUGUGGCCACUAUUCGGGAAUCGAUCGCUGAGUUUGUUUUGGUAAGUAAUUUUAUCCGGAUUUUAUAGCGAUUUUUACAAGUCGAUGUAGUGAGUCCUAGUGAUUUUUAACAUUAAUUAUCGAACAGAGCAACAUGUUUGUGUAAAACUUUAUUUAUUAUUUUUAUUUUUUACUAAAUUUUUUUAAUAAUGUAACAAUAUCUUAAAAGAGAGACACGCAUUUUUUACGUUUUAAAGAUGAAAUCAGAAACAAUCAUUUAUAUCUUUUAAAUUAUUUUCUUAAAUAAUGCACAUAUAAAAACGUAUUUUCCAAAAAUCGGUGUCGCAAUAAUUGAAAUUGGUAUAGAGAACUGCAUUGAACAAUCCAUCCGUAGAACAAAACUGUAUUUUAUCGUUUGCAAUUGAGAGAGGCAACUCGUUCGUCUGGUUGUACUUAGUGCGAUGUCAAAGAUUCUGUAAUUCUUUGUAAUGAUUGAUCUAAUGAUGAUACUCUAACAUUAUCGGUAAACAAAAUUUGUGAGUCGAAUUAAAAAGGAGAAUGCAAUAACUAUGUAAAAGUGAGAUAGCCGAACUCGGCCUUUGCGCGUAAACACACAUACAUUGAAAAUAUUUUUAUAAGUUAACACCACUAAUUUAUUUAAGAUCAAUUUUAUAAGUUAAUAAGAAAUAUUAUUACUUACUACAUUACUUAGAAUUACUUAGACUAAAUUUCGCAAAUUGAUAAUAAAUAUGAGCAAGAUUUGCAAGCUA